CGAAAGCUACUUGUCGCGGCCUGCUUCACUGAUAUCAUCAUCAUCGCUUGUUAUGCAGAUUAAGGUAACGAUGACACGAUCCCAACUGUUAUCUCAGCUCCUUUCACUCUUUGAGGCUUCGCUUUCCGCUGUCCAAAUACCCUUUUACCGCCAAUUCUGCUGAAAUGCAUUUCCUUGCAGACUGGUGCAUCUUCUGGGUCAGAAUCAUUGAUUCCGCGGAUUCCUAGAAUUGAUCAAUGUCAUCCUCCUCGAUGUCCUCUUCGGGAGUCGACGGCCAAUUUAGAGCCGCGUCCGUUGGUGACGAGGACCAGCAGCCCAAUCUAGAAACCCUUGUUGCCCACUUGGUGGCUGCCAAACGGUCGCUCUCGUCAAUCAACCAUGUGUGGAGAGCCAAUGAAAUUGUCACUGCUGCUCGGGCUGCUUUGGAAGAGAGUGUCGUUCUCUCUGCCCGAACGGGGUUCCUCCAUAGAGAACUCGAAGUUCAGCUACGCGUAUUGUAUCAGAUCAAAGACGAGAUUGGGCAGGUCGCGCAUUAUGGAAGAGAGGAGUUCUCUUCUACCCUCAAGCAGCUCGAUGAUGUAGAUGAGAAACUCCAGCAAGCUCUAAAUGUAUUGCGCGAAACACCUGUUGAGGCCUCAUUUCUUCCUGCAGGAGAAGAGCCCAAGACCCUGCACGAUUUCGUUGACGAAAAAGCAGUGCAAGAUUUGCAAACAGUGUUGAAGGAUGCAAUCGACAACACAAACUCUGCUCAAGCUGAUCUAGAUUCAUCAAAUAACGCAUUUGACGAAGACCUAGACUCGAUUCAACGAAAGAUGAGCAGAUACCGUGUUUCUACGAACCUCUUGUCUUCUUCAUCCAAAUUGUCCUCGUCGGCACAACCACGCGCCAACAUCCCUUCUCCAGCUAUCAUCCCAGAAUUAUUACACUCGCUUGAGUCGCAUGCACAGGAGAUGGCAGACUUGCUGGAAUCCUUGGUCCACCAUUUUGACCUUUGUGCGACGGCCGUUAAGCAUACAGAAGGUGGCGGAGCAGCCGCUUUGCGAAUCACAGGCGAGCUCCCGAGCGGGUUGGCCGUUGGUGUUAGACUCGGCGAAGGCGAAGACCAAGACAGCCCCAAUGCUCCGCCCGAACCGUUAACAGAAUCAGAAUACCAAGAAAUGCUAAGUGUUAUUGUCAAGGAUGCUACCGAAGCUGAGGACGUUGUCCUUGAAAUCCAAGAUCGUAUCACAGAGAUGGAGAAUAUUCUAGUCCAAAUUUUCACCGAACGGGACCUUCUCGCUCAAUCCUGCGCCGGAGCGGUAGACAGUGUCCAGCAUUUAGACCAUUUUUUCAAAAACAAACUAUCGAGCUACAUCUCCCAAUCCCAAGUCUUUACAAGUGUUUGGAAAGAGCAACGAGGGCGUAUGCAGGCCGGUAUGACUGACCUGUCUGACCUCCGAACCAUGUAUGUUGGUUUCUUGGAUGCGUAUGAUGACCUCAUCCUUGAAGUCGCUCGGCGAAAGUCAGUCCGACUUGCAGUUGAGAGAGUCCUUCAUGAAGCAAGGGUGAAAUUAGACAAGCUGUACGAAGACGACGUUCGCCAUCGGGAAGCCUUUCGGGUUGAACAAGGUGAUUUUCUACCUUCCGAUAUCUGGCCGGGCCUUGGUCGGGCCCCCAUGAGGGUUGAGUUCAAAAGAAUUUUUGAUAGUAAGUCAGAUAUAGAAACGGGUGCGCCCAAAGAAAUGCUUACUAGCGACGGUGAAUGUGCCCAAAGCUACUCCGAAGGACCAAAACGUACAUCAUCUACUCGCGUAGAAGAUAGUCAACACCAACGAGAGCCCGAACGCACAGAGCCCGGUAGCGAUAGCAUUCCGGAUCUCCCCAAGUACCUUAUUGAAAGGGCACUUGUCCGGAGAAAGGCCAAAAUCAAGGCAAACCGCUUACCAGCAACACAGCAAGUAAAAUAAUCGAAAGUCGGUCAGAAUCAAUCGCUGUGUCCUUUUGUACUAUACCCAAAAUUCCGGGUGGAAAUAUUAGAUUUUAUUUUGCAGCUCCAUGAUUGGACAUAAUAAAAGCAGGAAAAGUAUGCCAUUAACAGGGCUCAUUGACAGCAAGGGCGUGCUAAGGAAAUACUAGGCACCACUCAUAACUCUCAGAGCUCUCUUUGGUCUUCAUUUUCGCUUCACUCCCCAUCCUUCAUGAACAUACAAACAAUAUGACUCUCAGAG